AUGGACGACUCGAUAAUGUUGCAUGAUUACCCCGGGACCGACCCCUUUGGAACGACUGCGUCGCAGCAGGACCAGCACACUGUAGGGCCUCACUCUCACCACUCGACGGUGGCAGACCAAGCUCUCAUUUACUCGAGGCUUCACAACCCAAAAGACGCUCUGCGUAUUCUGGCCAAUGCUAGCAGCGUGCAUUCCAAACGCUCUCCCCGGGAACCGUCAAGGAAGGAGUGCGACUGGUGGUGGGACAAGUGGGCACCUGUCCAGCAGAACAAACUCAGCGUGGAGGAGGCCGAGGCUCUGUUUGCUUUCUUUGAACUGGAGAUGAGUCCUUUGUACCCCAUUCUUCCUGCUCAGACCUUUCGCGCCGACCGCCUGUCGUGGAUGAUCAAGACGGAAUCGAUUCUUCUUGGCGUCAUUAUCGCCAUUGCAUCACGCUACUCGCUCAUCUUGUACGAAGCUCGGGCAUCUCAGCUUCACCGCUCCAUAUCCGACUGGGUCCGCAAGCAGCUUCUUCGAACGCUGGAUGGUGUCUCCAACCUCCGGCAUGUGAGCACCAUUGAAGCCUUGUUGCUCAUGAGCGAAUGGCCGUUGGUCGCUCUAGAGUCCGGAGAAGAUGACGGCACACUUGACGAGGAGCCCGAGGCACUGAGAGCGAGUACUCGCUAUGACGCUUAUUCUUGGAACCAUAUUGGUUGGGCGGUUCGGAUGGCCCAAGAAAUGGGCUUCCACAAUGCCAUGACCAGUGUGAACGACGAUGGGCAGCGCAAGCCACCUUCGCCAGAGGGGAAUCGGAUGCUCCGGGCAUGGGCGUACGCGUACAACGCCGAUCGACACGUCUCGGUGCGCCUUGGUCGAAAUGCUGUUCUGCAGGGGCAAAUGUCAAUCCGCUGGUGGGAGAAGGUAACCGGUCUUGUUCCCCGCAACGCCGAGUUGAGUCAGGACGACAGCUGGAAGGACGACGUUAGAUCCAAGGCAUAUGUUGCCUGCUUGCUUGGGACAAUCCAGGAACAUCUCUGCUUGUGGGAGCCAUUCCUGCGUAGUCUAAGGAUCGAGGUGCAGACGAUCAGGCGAAACAUGUACCGUAUUCUCAGGCAGAACACUGUCGAGGCAGCACUGCUCCAAAUUGAAAUCGACUAUCUCGUCCUGUACGCAAAUGCCAUUGCUCUCCGCUCUCUGCAAGAGAAGAUUCGCAGAAGACGCCGGGCCAACGAUGAGUACUUUUAUUCGCUGCCAUCUCUCUUGAAUAUGAUAGAGGGGCCAUGGCUGCUGGAAGCGCUCAGUUCGGCCCGGUCUAUCUGUCUCCUCACCGCGACUGUGCUGGCUGAGAAUGAUCGCCUGCGGUACUGUCCAUCGAGACUCUCGCAGCGAAUCAUGUUUGCAGCAACAUUCCUGUACAAGGCUCUCGCCACGGGCGUUGUAGAGCACGGCCAGCAGACGGUCCUCGACACGCUGGACCGUGCGGCCAAGGCCAUGCUCGCCUCGUCACUAGAUGAUCAGCAUCUCGUCCGGAGCUUUGCCAACCUGCUCCUGCAACUUGGGGCCAAGUGGCGGUGUAACGACGUCCCCAGUGGUGGCACUGAGGCCCAUUCUGGCAGCGCGCCGCUUCCACAAGCAGCCCCUUCACAAGCUUCGACGUCAGUUAUGGGGCCCACCAAUACGAUACCAGAGGAAAUAGCGGCUCCACCUUUCGACUUUGCGGCGUUCACUUCCCCGACAGCCCCCACCAGCACUGUCCCCAACGGUGGAGCUGCUCCGGAGGCACCAGGACUCGGCUUCUUGAUCACGGGCCUGCCACGGCUAGACGACGUCGACUUGCAAUUUGGACUAGACCCAUCGGGCCAGAGCGUGUCCGUUGAUCGAGAGCAAGAGGCGCUCCUCCAGUCCCUAUGGCAUCCCAGCACGGCUCAGACAAGCACGUGGGACUUGGAUAACUCGUUGUCUGGUUUGUACGACACCCUCCUUGGCGACCCGUUUGCGACUUCAUAG